AUGGAUGGUAGCAUUGGUAGCUGUGUAAUUUGUGCUCAGAAUUUAUGCAUCAAUAAUUUUUCAUCUCUACCAUGUGGACAUACAUUUCACUAUAAAUGUGUCCUGCGUUGGCUUCUCCACUCUGAACAGUGUCCUACAUGUCGUGCACGCACAUUACCAAAGCAUAUCGUGAAACGUUUAUAUUUCGCUAACUGUAACGAUAAAACUAUGAAUGAUGCUGGGUCUUCGGCAACUGCUACUACUGCGGAUCACAAUAACAAAUCUGCUUCCACAACAAAUACAUCCGGAAAGAUCGAUGAAGUUAAUGCUGGCUUCCAUAAUAAUGAUGAAGAGUACGAUAAUGAGGAUUACAGUGAUGAUUAUAGCAGUGAUCCAGAAGAUGGGAUUCAUGGAUUGAUUGAUGAUUCCACUGAUAGUGAUGACUCAAGUGAGAUUACCGUGGAAGAUGGCGAGUCUGAAACAGAGACAGAAGGAUAUGGAGAAAGUGAAGAAUUUCACGAGACGAGUGAUGCAGAUAUGGCAAGCGUACUGGAUGCAUCAAUUAGUGAUACAUCAUCUGUUUCGCUUGGGACAUUUUCCGAAGCAUUCAGCGAAGAUGAUGCAGUGAAUAUCUCUUCGGUGAACUAUGAUAACAUGGAAACAAUUAAUUCGUUUGACAAUCAUGAAGAAGUCGGUAAUAAUGAUAACAACACACAUACUUCAGUUCUGCUAACUGAACACGUUAGUGGUGAUGAUAAUGGUGAUAUUAGUGAUGAUGAGCAUAGUUCUGGUUCUGAUGACAGCAAUGAUAGUAAUGAUGAUUUUGACUCACACGAAUUUAAUCGUUUAUUAGAUUGUUUCACUCUUGACUUGCGGGUAUUCAAUCGAUACAUUUCAUGAAACAUGACGUAUAAGGUGCUAAAUAUAAACUUUUAUUA